AUGGAGCUGAAGCGGCGCGUCCCUGUGGCGCACGAGUCUCGCGAUGCCUGGCACUCCCGGAAUGCGCGCUCAACCCCAAACGCCGUCUCUCUCUUCAGCGGUCGGCAGUUCUGCCUGCUCGGCUUUGACAGAGCGAGCGUCUGCGCCGAUGCCUCGCUCGUCCUUGCAGCUGAGGCCUGGGAAAGCUGCGCCGACGCGGCUGCGCGGCUCUCGGCACCUUCGUCUGGCUCGUCUGGCGCGCGCGAGGCGCAGGACGGGGGGGAAGGGAGACGCCGCAGAGACACACUUUCCUUCUGUGCCGCGCGGCCGCAGAAGGCGCAGCGCAGGGCGCCUUGCAGGCGCUCGGAGGCGAGACGCGGGGAGACGAGGGCAGCGCAGCCUGGCGCACGAGCUGCGAGCGUAACGCCGGCGAGUUGGAGAAGAUCGCCGAGGCUUCGCGAAAACUCAAAGAGGCCAUUGAGAAAGUCAUUCAAGAGCCAUCCUCUUGUUCUGCCUGCAUCUCUGUGGAGGUAUAGACAUCGAGGACGGCAUGGCGGUAGCGUCAUCCGCGCUUCGCCUUCUCUUUCUCGUUCUGCGCGGCGAGGCGACCGACGCGAAAACGGGACGAAGGCCGUUGAGGAGGAGGCCGCGGGCGACAAGGACGACGAAGAAAGCGGCGCGCCUUGCACAGAUCCGAGCGCGGAGAGCGUCUUUGCGUCGCUCGAGGCUGAGAAGACUCUGAGAGACCUCGCGACGGCGGACUUUGUCAUCCUCAACUUUGGCGCAGGCUUCACCGCACUGCGCCGACUGGCUGACGUGCGGCAGCGUCAGCGGCGAGAGAGAGGAGACAGCGAGAAACGGCGGGAGAGCCUGCAAGGCGAGGAUGCGUCUGCUGUGUCUCUUUCUUCCUCCACCUCGCCUCCGUUCUUCUCCGCUGCGUCGUCUUUUUCCGUUUCUGCAGCGCUCGGAGGCCUGCGGCGGUUGGGCGAGGCGGGCGAGUCUGCCGCGGAGGCGCUCGCGGGCGGUUGCUCGGGGCGCGUCUCUCUGGCGCUUCCGUGCUUUCUCGAUCGGCGCCGCCUUCUCUCGCCGCUCUGGCUCUUGAGCUGCGUCGCGGACGGAUUUCUGUACUGGCCUGCCUACUCGCCGUUUUUCUCGGUUUCGGCUUUCCUGCAUCCCGCGCUGCCGCCCCUCCGCGCGCGCCCGCCCUGGCGUGCCGCAGUCGGCGCCGCGGAGGCCGUCGGCGGCGACGCAGAAGGUCUCCCGCGCGUCUUCUUGCUCGGCGCCGCGCGGAGGAAGAGACGCCUGCGGCUCGCGCGCGAAUGGGAGCGAGGGCUGGGCGGCGCGCGAGGCGGCGCCACGCCGAGGAGCUUAUCGCCCGCGAGCGACGCUGAGGGAGAGGGAGAGGAGGGCGGCGACGGGUACGCGUGGCUGCAGCGCUUCGGACUGCUUGACGGCCGGAACCUCGAGGAGGAAGAGGAGCUGUCGACCGCGCGGAGAAAGGGAGCCACCGACCCCGAGGUGGAGGGAAGGACACGUGACGCGAAAGUCCUCUCGCGAACCGACUUCGGUCUCUUCGCGCUCGCUCUCCGCGUGUGCGGCGCUGCCGCGGUCACGGAGGGAGAGAUCGAGGCGCUCGGUGCGCAAAGAGAAGAAGCGACCGAAAAAAAUGAUGCCGAUGCGUCUCCCCUGCCCGCGACGCAUGUGGUUGUCUGCUCGCCGAGGGCCCUGGAGCGCUGCCUCCGACCGCGUUCUCCUCCAAGCGGAGGGUCUCCUGUCUCUCGCUUCAACCGUGGCGCGCCCGAACGGAGACAUCGCGCCGGUGCUGACGACGGCGCGUACCCUUCGGGCUCGCGAGACGCGAGCGCGGUGCAGGGUCGAGGAGAAGAGGAGGACCGACGUAGGCGAGAGAAGAGGCGACGGCUGUUGCUCGCCGGUCUUGGUGUCUUGCAAGAAAACCAAGUUCCAUUCUUGUCCCUUCAGUGGCUCCUUGACCUCUAUGCCUCGGGGGUUCUCCCUUCCUCCAGGCCCUACUUGCUCCAACUCCCUUCGCUCGCUGCCGUCGCGCGCCUCUCCGCCGCCUCGCGCCCUUCUACGGUGGGCGCGGCGGUGAGUGUCUCCGCGCGUGGCUGGAAAGACGCUUGCGCGGAGAGAAGCGAAAACGGCGUUCUGCGGGAGUUCUCCGUGCUGCUGUCUGUCUAUGUCGCUGUCGAAUCCCCUGGGCUCGUCGAGAAAUGCAAGGCCAUGGGUGCGGUCUCCGUGGUAGUUGUUCCCCCGCUCUUUCCGCUCUGCGCGUCUCUGACCGUCGACGCCCUCGCAGACGCGGACGCGCCGCUGCCCGCCGCUUCCCAAGUCUCAGAGGUCUCUGCGUCUUCGCAAAACACGCCUGCGUCGCGCGCGCCGCCCGCCGGGGUGCACUCUGUGCGACGCGCGCAGAGAGGCCGCCGCGCAGACGAAGAGACGGAGAAGGGGGCUGGGAGCGAACGGCGAGCCGACAGGAGACGCGCGGGGAGAGAGAGACGCGGCGGCGCGCGCGAGAGGAGAAGAGCGCCGACUCAAGAGGAGCGAGAGGGAAACGCCGAAGAGGGGAAAACGAAACUCCUCUCCGCGUGCCGCCCGCUCCUUCAAGGCCUAGAGAGCUUCUUCCACGCCGAAGACCUCGAUGAAGCGGUGCAUGACCUCGCAGCCGCUUCCGACGGCCCGCGCCCGCUGUUGAUUGUGAGCGACGCGGAGGUUCACGCAGGGUUAGUCGGCUACGCGGCCUUCGCGCUGGAGUGUUUUUACGCGCACGUCUCCGCCGCGACGCCGACGGGGCGAGGCGGCGCGAGCACGGCGCUCUCUCCUUCGCCGCGUUCCACGCCAGACUCGCUUUUCGCGCGCGUCAAGCGCGAGCCGCAGGAGGAGGCUGCGAAGGAGGCGGCGCGCGCCUUUCAGCCCUGGGGGGUUGCGGCGCCGCCGCUGCUCGCGGACUUGCGUGUGCCUGCGCAGGCGCGCAGGUGCGUCGGAGCUUGCGGCUCGCGGCUCCACAGGCAGGCAGAGGCCGGGCGGGAGUCGCUGGACGACCGAGAAGACCGCGAGACGCUGCUGCUUGCGACGCCCGAGUGGCUGCAAAGCUGCUGGGAACGCCAGCGCCUCGCCCCGCUCCACGGCUUCGCCCUCCAGAGCCUUUUCCCGCCACAUCUCCUGUCGGGCUUUGUCGAGGAGCUGGCGCAGGAGGAUCUCCACAGUUCGCAAAAAUUCGCCGCCCAUGGAGGGGAGGAAGCCGAGCGAGAAGAGCAUCGGCGGCUGCUGGACGCCCUCGAGGCGGACGUGGUUAUCGUCGCGCGCGGCGACUCCCAAGACCGACGCGUGCAGCGGAGGAAAAUUCUCAAGGAAAACCAAGAGAAACGCGUGCCGUCUAUGGUGUGCCCCAGACGCGAGGAAGCGAUGCGGUGCCACGAGCUGUACAUGGAGGCAGGCCGCCGCUGGAAGUCGCUUUCAGCGCAAGAACGUGACAGGAAAGAAGGCGACUAA